AUGAAUCUGAUCUGUGAUGAUGAAGCUUAUUAUGAGCGCCGGCGAAAAAAUAACGAUGCAGCAAAGAGGUCAAGAGAUGCGAGGCGUCAAAAAGAAGAAGCAGUUGCAGCAAGAGCGGCAUUUCUGGAGCAAGAGAACAUCCAGCUCCGCAGCCAAGUCGUUUUACUGAAAAAUGAAACAGCAAAGCUGCAACUAAUGCUAUUCUCAAAGCCAGAAUUGUUGGAUCCAAAAACAUUAUCAACAGGUCAGACUCCGCAGCCCAACAUUCCCGAACAGCAACAGCGGCAACAGAAACAUGAAUCGACUGCUCGAAAGUCAGAAUUAUGA